CUUGUCUGCACACUGGCGAUUUUGUGAAUAAAUGACUUGAGUCGGCUAUCGCAUAAUGUUCACCCCGGUGCAUACCUCCCUAGGUGCCCUCCUGCUAUUUCAAGGCUCCUCGGGCCUUCUACUACACAACGGAGCCGUUUUUGGAAUCUCCUCGCUUCUCGCAGGGAUUAUUUUCAACCCAAAUCGCUAUAAUUUGCCUAUAAUCGCGGGCCUUGUGUCCAGUGCAGUCCCGAUUUACUGGCUCGCACCGUCAUUGCUACCGACAUAUCCUGCGGCUCCGAGCUCGUGGGCUUCUAUAGCAUCUACGCUAGGUGUUGGGUUUUUGUUGGGAUGGGGAACUAAGAACGGCCGUGGUUGCACUUCUGGCCACAUGCUCUGUGGCCUCUCUCGCCUAUCACCUCGCUCGUUGAUCGCAACAGCUGUCUUCUUUCUCACUGCUCUACUAACAGCCAAUUUCGUCAACGGAGGCCAGAACAUUCCUGCUUGCGCAAAUGGCAUCCCUUGCUAUACCCCGAUCUACCCAUCAAUCCCUGAACUCGGAUUCAUGGCAGCCGCGACUAUCCUUGCCGGCAUCACCAACUACUCCAUCGUCCCCAAGUCGCUUAACCGAUCGGAGGAAUCCCAAACAGUCUUUUCGUAUCUGGCGGGUCUGGAGUUUGGUCUGGGCUUGUUUAUCUCCGGGAUGGCGGAUCCCGCGAAAGUACUCCGAUUUUUUGCGUUCCUUACGGAUCCUUCCCGUUUCGAUCCUUCGUUGGCCUUGAUUAUUCUCUUUGGAAUUGGCCCGUCGCUUAUCACCUACUUAUUUGCGAAACCCGGACAACAUAGAGAUGAAAAUGACGGCAAGCCUACCAAGCCUACCCUCGCUGAACAGUGGAGACUUCCUACUGCUACUGUGGCAGAUAUUGACUGGCGGUUCGUGACUGGUGCCGUGGGUUUCGGGCUCGCUUGGGGAUUACGAGGUGUCUGCCCGGGGCCUGCUGUUUUGCGAACAGUGCUGCAGCCGACUUGGGGUGUUGUACAGAUGGCAGGGUACAUGUUGGGGAACUUGCUGUGACAAUUGGAACAUCAGUUUCAUUAUGAGGGGAGGUUCAGCCUGAAAUUAUACUUCUAGGACAGAGGAAAGAUCGUAAAAUAUACCAGUACUAUAUACAGCCUUCCGCACUUUUGU